UACAUGGAUAUUACUCUUCAUGAUUUAUACUCAGACAUCAAUGAUCAAUGAUUAAUGAUUUAUACUCCAGCAAUUCCAGGAAUGACUUUAGGAUAUUGCUCUAGAUUAGGAGUUUUAAAUGGAGUACUCCAUCAGAUUAGGAUACUACUCUAGAUUAGUGUAGCCACUAUCUAACAAUUUUUUUCAAAACUGAAUUUCAGAGUACUCUAAAUGCUGUGUGCCCUAGCAUUUUUGUGUUCCCUGGCAUUUCUGUAGCAUUCAGUACCAUGACAAUUUUAACAUGUUGAGAAAAUUUCAGUAACAUGAAUUUGAAAUUGAGUACUCAGUGUAAGGAUUAAAUGCACACAAUUUGGGUAUUAGCUUCCCAUUCAACAUUGCGGAAAUUUCAAAUAUGCUAAGUAUCAUUGCUAGUGGUUGGCUGACCAGAGAAGAGAAGACAGUUUAUUUGGCAUGGUUCAGACUAGUAAUUUGUGUUCAAGAAUCUUCCUGUUCUCCCAUUGUUACCAAGCAUGAUCUUGCUUGCAUUGCCGCCUUUGCUACAUGAAGCAAUAGGGUAGGUUCAGUUUCGCUGAAUUUUUGAAACUAUACAUCAUUUGCUGAAUUUUUUCUCUACAUCACUUGCUCCUUGUAAAUUAUUGCAUAUAUAAUUUUUGAAACUAUAGGUGAACCUCUUCAGCAAACAUAAAACAGUUAACUGAAACUGUCUAAAACAGUUAAGUCCACUUGAUGCUUAGCUAAUGCAGGCCAACAAAAUGAAAUGAACUACGAAUUUGUUCUCUGAAAUAGUACAUGCUUUCUCUAGACUGAGUUUCCUGCCUUUUCCAACUGAAACUCAGUCAGCCCUGGCUAAUAAUUAUCUUGCUCACUGACCCAACAACAUCUCAGACUUUGAAGACAUGAGCUGCGAAAUGAUAUAUGGUCAGGUGCCCCCACCAGUGGAAGAAGAUCCAGUGUCGAAACAACCCUGCUAUCCCAGCCUCUGUUCCAUAUCGACGCCCUCCGCUGCAAUAUGUCCCAAAAUUCAGAACUAGUCUUCUGCAAGCGCUCACAAGGGUUUUGAUACAAAAUUGUGCAUGGUGCCAUGGUAUCGGAUAGGCCAGAAUUUCAACAGGGACAAUAGAUAAUGCAUCGGGCAGGGGCGCCGGUACCUUUCACGAGUAGCAGAGCCGGAGUCGUCUGGACGAAGAAGUAGAAGAUCGGGGGCUGCCUGUACGAAGAUCGGGAGCUGCACCACCACUAACAGAAGCAGCAGAGUCAGAGGAAGACGGCAACAGCAGAAGAGGACGGAGUGGCGGAAUACAGCGCGCCGUCAGCCGUGGAGCCGCCGCCCGUCGAGGUGCGCGCAGGUAAGCAGGGGCGGCGCAAAUUGGCAGCCGCGGCUCAGGUGGGCCUUCGUCGCCGGCUGAACACCACGGUGGCUGGGGCGUGCGGUGCAGCGGCGAGGGAGGUGGAAGAAGCAGACGGUUGCUUCGAGUUGGAUUAGGAGCCGGGAAAGGAAAGAGUUGCAGUGUUGCCCGGCGAGGGUCUCAAACUCUCAAUUCAUGCUUAAUUAAGCUUUGGCGCGAAGCUUCAAAUGCACGCAAGCAAAUCCGAUUUUCUCACGGAUCACAUCACAUACGCAUCCACGGUUUGGAAUCGGCGUCACACCUGGCCUGAGCUCAUCAAUAAAAGGCAGCCAACCUGCUUCCAAUCUUCACCAAUCACCAAUCACCAGCCCUUACCCAGCGAAGCGACCGGCGUCCCCUGUUCCCUUCCCAUGGAGAUUGCCUACCCCUACGGCGGGGAGCUCACCAGGAAGCACGGCUCCGUGACAGGCCAGCCGUUUGCCGCCAAGAUCGACAUCAUGUCCGGCCAGAAGCGCGCGAGGGAGAUGCAGAUCCUUCGGCAGCGGUUCCAAGCAGAGCUCGUCGCCGUCCGUGGCCUCCUCCACAAGGCGGCCGCCGUGCUAAUUCCCGCCUCGUCCCCGUUGGCUCCCCGCGUUAAGGAGAGUCGUCCAGGGUUCUUGGCCGAGGAGCCGCCGGCCAAGAAGAGGAAGGCGUCUCCUCCCGUUCCUGUGAUCAAUCGCAAGAAGGCGCCAACGAAGAAGAAGAUGACGGCCUCUGAGAGGGAGAUGCUCGCGGAAGACCUGGAGCUGUUCGUUGCGGAAAUCCCCGAUCACAUCGUCCAGCUCUUGCAGAAGCACAGCUGCGCCACCCGCCCCGGCGAAAUCGAGAUGGACCUCCACGCGUUGGACGACGCUGCUGCUGUCGAGUUACAGGAGCAGGUUGACAAGUUCGCUCGAGAGAGGAGGUCGGCGAAUCCGUCGCCCCAAGAACGCCACCAAGACGGCCCUGAGGCGAUGAACGAAGAGGAGGACGAAGAAGUUGACAUCUGUGGCGGCGUCUCCCCCUUGGUGAUCGUGCCGCAACCUCUGCUGCAAGAACGCCACCAAGACGGCCCUGAGGUGAUGGCCGAAGAGGAAGAGGAGGAAGAAGUUGACAUCUGCGGUGGCGUCUCCCCAUUACCGAUCGUGCCGGCACCUCUGCUGCUCGUCGAAGAUGAAACAGCCAGCGGCAGCCCAAGCUCCAGCAGCAGCAGCAGCAGUUCAGAUACUGAUUCCAGCGACAGCGAUUCAGACACUGAUUCCGGCAGCAGCGACUCGGGUUCAGAGCACUCCGGCGGCAGUGACUCAGAUUCUGAUUCCGACGAGAUCGUCGACAGUCCAGCACCGGCCAUCACGCCUCCAACAUGUGACCAGCUCGCCCGUGCUCUGGAAAGGCAGCGAAAGGAGGCCACGUCCCGGGCGAGGGAGAAGGCCCGUCAGGAGCUGCUCCACAUGGAGAAGACGGCAAUGCCCGACGAUACUCUACACCGAGAGGAUCUGAAGAGGCUCGGCAUUGAUGAGUACAACACGGCGAAGCCCAGCAACUUGCUGCGGCAGAUUGGGCUCUACCUCAAGGUUGACGAUGAUCGGAAGCAUCAUCAUCAUCAUCAUCAUCAAAUCUUCGAAGAAGACCUAGAGGAAGGCGAGAUUCGGUCGUGAUCAUCGUUGCUAGCAAGGUGCUAUAACAAGUGAUGUAAUUGUUGAUGGCUUGAGCCUCACAGAAAACUUGUAGCUCUCUUCUGCAAAUUGUAUGUGUGUUGAACAUGAUUGGAUAUAUGAAAGUACAUGAUCCACAAAUAAUAUUUUUAAAAUUCAUGAA